AAUUGCUUCAUUUUCAAUUCGGCAGAGCUGACCGUGAAAGGAUGGCGUCGUCUUCGAGCAAAGGAAGCUCAGACAAAAACCCUAAAAAGGCGAACCUCAACGAUCAAAACUCCAUGAAACACCUCCUCGAUGAAACCGUAACCGAGGUUGUUACGAGUAAGGGAUAUGCGGAGGACUUCACUCUGAGCAAUACCAGACUGUUUAUUGGCGUGAUCAUAAUCGCCAUAGCUCUUGCUGCUCAGUUUUAUCCCAAGAAAUUUCCUGAGAAUAGGGAUUUUCUCAUUGCUUGUAUUGCAUUGUAUGUGUUGUUCAACAUAUUGUUGCAGUUCUUCAUGUACACAAAGGAGAAGAAUGCAUUUCUUUUCACUCAUCCGCUCACCGGAUCAUACAAUAGCACAGGUUUGAUGAUCUCCUCCAAGCUGCCAAGGUUUUCUGACGAGUACACGCUCACCAUAGCUAGCUCUGAUCCAAAGUCCAUCGCUGCAAACAAGCCAGUAAAACUCUCUAAGAGUGUCACUAAAUGACAUUUGGUAUGUGGUACUCCAAAGGGCAUCUGCUGCCCAUUUCUGAUGACCGACAGUGCAGAUUGGAUUUGAGCCCCACCACGAUUAAUUUCUACCCAUUGGGUAUUAGGAACACAUAGGGUGCCCUUUAGAUCUAAAAUCUCACCAGCCAUUUUUAUUUUAAAAUCCAACCAUCCCCUCUUUCCAAUGGUGUGUGGAUUUGUCGCACUUGAAAGGCCAAUUUUGAGGUGUUCUGACACUCGUGUGUGUUGGGCCCUGAUACACUAUCUGCAUCUAUGUCACAGCCUUUAAAAUAGCCUAUCAAGGGCCAUGGGCUUAAG